GGGAGCUACAUGUUGCUGCGCAGCAACAGAUAGAAAGAAGAUCCAGAGAGAAACAGAGAGGAAUUCCCCCCUGAUCAAACAGAAGCGGCUGUCAGAGCAUAUCAGUCAUUUUAGCCCCCAGAAUUUUCAGAAAUAAAUAUAGCCUACCUGUAGCUGGAGGCGCUGCAAACCCCAAUGAAUAAAGGAUAUAGGGACUGACAGCUGCUGCAAGCGUUCGGAUGCAUUCAGACACUUAAAGGAGCAGAUAGUGUUCCCUGUCUGGAGGCAAAAUUCUUUUUAAUUCUUUUCGGAUCGUCUUCUUUGGAAUAGUGUCGUCCUCUUUUUUUAAUAGAAAUUGAAACCUAUUUGGAGCUCAAAGGACAAAGGUAUUUUUGUCUAUUGGCGGUCCAGAGGUUGCCCUCUAACCGCGAUGUGCCACCACUGAAAAUGAAGAGUCUUAUGGAGAAAUCGCCGAACCGAUCGAACGUUUAAAGCAUGACAGGUCAGGUCCUUAGGGACACGGCCGGUGGGGAUCACAUGGAUGACAACGCGGGAAUCCGCAUCAACGUGGGCGGCUUCAAGAAGCGUCUCCAGUCGGACACACUGUCCCGUUUCCCCGAGACCAGGCUUGCGCGCCUCCUCCAGUGCCAGUCCAAAGAGUCCAUACUGGAGCUCUGUGACGACUACGACGAUGCAGAGAAAGAGUUUUACUUUGAUAGGAACCCCGCUCUUUUCCCUUAUGUGCUGAAUUUCUACAACACGGGGCGGCUGCACGUCAUGGCGGAGCUGUGCAUCUUCUCUUUCAGCCAGGAGAUCGAGUACUGGGGCAUCAAUGAGUUCUUCAUUGAUUCUUGUUGCAGCAGCGCCUACCACUGCAGGAAAAUGGACCAGGACAGGGAGGACUGGGAAGACAGGAGUGACGAGGGAAGCACCACCUCGUCUUUCGAUGAGCUGCUGGAGUUUUACAACGACGCUACCAAGUUUGACAAGCAGCUCUUCGGGAGCGCACGGAGGCGCAUCUGGCUGAUGCUGGAUAACCCCGGCUACUCUGUGGCCAGCCGUAUAAUAAGCAUCCUCUCCAUCCUGGUGGUGCUGGGCUCUAUUGCCACUAUGUGUAUGAACAGCAUGAGCGAGUUCAGCUUGUUGGAUAGCAAUGGCGAACCCACGGAGGACCCACGCUUUGAGACAGUGGAGCACUUCGGUAUCGGUUGGUUCACUCUGGAGCUGGUGGCCCGGUUCGUGGUGGCUCCGGAUCUUCUGCACUUCUUCGACCACCCGCUAAACGUCAUAGACCUAGUGUCCAUACUUCCUUUUUAUUUGACGCUUCUCAUCAACCUGGUGGUGGAGAGCAGCCCUGCGCUGGCCAAUCUGGGACGGGUGGCGCAGGUUCUGAGGCUGAUGAGGAUCUUCCGCAUCCUGAAACUGGCCCGCCACUCCACGGGGCUGCGCUCCCUGGGGGCCACCCUCAGAAACAGCUACAAAGAAGUAGGCCUGUUGCUUCUCUAUCUGGCUGUUGGCGUGUCGUUUUUCUCCGUCAUGGCCUACACGGUGGAGAAAGAGGACAGCGAAGAUUUCUCGACCAUUCCGGCCUGUUGGUGGUGGGCCACGGUCAGCAUGACCACCGUGGGCUACGGAGACGUGGUGCCCGUGUCCAUAGCUGGCAAACUCACCGCCUCGGCCUGCAUCCUGGCCGGGAUCUUGGUUGUUGUGCUUCCCAUUACGCUGAUUUUUAACAAAUUUUCCCUUUUCUACAAAAGACAAAAGCAGCUCGAAAUAGCAAUGAGAAGCUGCGACUUCGAUGAUGGCAUAAAAGAAGUUCCCUCUGUUAGCCUGAGGAACUAUUACGCUCACAAAGUCAAAUCUCUCAUGGCCAGCUUGUCAAACAUGAGUCGAAGUUCACCCAGUGAACAGAGUCUGAAUGAAUCAUUACAGUGAAGCUGUCUCACCAAGGACGCUUUAUCCGCUCAUUCAGAAUGAGGCUGUGGAAGGAGCUGUCCAGGGUGCUGACACCGCUGGAGGAGUCUGCUUCCCUCAGUUUGCCUCUCUGUAGCAGUGCAAUAAUGUGUUAAUGUGUGUGUCAGUUCCAGUGAGACAGUAUAAAGUAUCAGAAAAAUCCUGAUUAUAAUUACUUACCUGCACCUCUAUAGAGACAAUUCGGUUAUUUUUAAAUGAUGUUGUGUGAAGUUAUUAUCAGUAAUACUUGUAGUUCCCUUACAUGCAAUAGAAAGAUGUCAUAUUACUGAGUCUGCAGAAAACAGAAGUAAUCCUCAGGGCGACUGAAGGCUAACAGCUAGCCACAUUUUACAAUUUAAAAACAGAUAAAAACCUGAAAAUGUUCAUAUCUUUGCGAUGUAAGACUACGUCAGUGAAAAUUACGGUGCCUUGUCUUCUGUUGCGUUUGACCUGUCUAGGAAAUUGUAGCUGGGAACGACCAGAGAGGCGUCUUCUUGUUGUUGAUUUGGUACAUAAAAAUAUUAGAUAGAAGCAGAUUAUAUUUUUUUUCCAUUUUAAAUAUUCAGACACAGCGUGUUCACAAUUAGAGCACGGGCAUCACAAGUUUAAUGAGAUAGUUGAUAUCCGCCAUCUUCACUACAUUCUGGAUGCGCGGUAGCCAACUUGGAUAAUAGUUGCUGGGAGAGGUCUAACUUUUUUGUAUUACCUACUGGGAUAAAUAAAGAAGGCGUAGCAUAUGAAGUUGAACUUUCAAAGUCCCCAGUUGGUAAUACAACAACAACGCUCCCUGAUGUCGGAGUUUUAAUGCUGCGUUUCAGUUUGCUUCGGAAGUCCGUGCGUCAGACCCUGGUUGAGAGCGUUCUAGUAGCAAGCCCUAAAACAGCGAUAUUUUGGGCGGGUUCUCAUUGAGAUCGGAAGUUUGACUUUCAGAGGUCCCAGUCAGAAAUACUAUACAAUGAAUUCAAAGUCUAGUAUCCAAUAUAUCUGUGCGGAUAUAAAAUUAAGUUAAUCUAGUCAAUAUGCAAUAAGACAGAGUUGCAUCCCUUAGAUAUAGAAAUUUUCAGGUAACGUUGGUGAAAUCAACUAAACAGGGCCUCCUGACCAACUAGCUGUUAGUCUUUCAGUGCUCUAAAUUUUUUUCUUCUCUUCUAAAAAAAAAAAAAAUACACUGUUAUCUGCUAUCGUUCCAUGGGUAUGGGAAAUACAAAUGAUUAUAAUUUCACUGGACGUCAGUUGAAGUAAUCAAAGGUUUUCCUUAAAUGCCUUUUAUCAAAGUAGGCCAACAUGUAACCAGAUCACACCAAACAGACUGAUGUUUUUUUUUUGUCUACAGUCUCAGUGAUUGUUUGGACAUUAGUGUCACACUAUUAUCCACAACUCAGCUGCACUUGUUCUGAUCAUAAAAUGCCCAAAGGAACCCCCUGUGUUUCUCUGCUGAAGGUUACUUGAUGUGUCCAUGUCGUGUUGCAACAGUACUUCAGGUGUGAUCUAAACUAAAUACAUUAAAACAAAAAUCCUGGCAUAUUUACAUGUAUUGUUCAUGUCCCGAGUAGGAUCCAGCUCACUUUCUUUACAACCAGUGUGUUUUGUACAUGUAAGCGUGCUAGAGGAGAGAAGUGCUCUUAGCGAUGACUGACACAGUAUCUCAAACACUCUGACAGCCACACCAACAACCAUUCAGGAGUGACAUGUUAAUUGAAUUCCUCUUGCCGGGGGUUGCCAGGAUUUUUCAGUUGUAUCACUUUAAGGUUCUAAAUAUUUACUUUUUAUUUUUAUCUAUUUAUUUUUAUAUCAGCAUUGUUAUAAAUCAGCUGCAGCCAUGAUAGUCCACCUUAAAUCAGAAUUAAAUAUACCAUACAGGGUUGUACUUUUUCACAAAUGUAUGCUGGUAAUAAAAAGACAGAUAGGUAAUGGGAUAUGGGGUUCCACAGCAGGAUUUUACAAAAUACACAGUCAACUAAAGAAAAAAUGUGAAUUCUGCUUUUUGGGUCUUUUGGUUGAUGACAUCACAAGAGUCACAUAAAUAAUUAGUCGGAUAAUCUGGCAUUCAGAUUUUGACAGACUAGUAAAUGAGUAGCAGGACAUUUUUGAUUCAGUCAAACUCAAUAUUUGAGAAUGCAGUUCUUCAGGAAACUCUCUUGGGACUUUAAAAUAAUUUUAAAAUAAUUUUAAUGGAACUCGCCAACUAUUACAAACAUGCAACUGCAAAUAAUAUCGAUGUUGAAAACAAUUAUUGAUAAUCCUUAAUAAUGAAUCCUAAUCUAUUUCCCAGUCUUCUUCACAAACUAGUUCCAUAUGUUUUAUUGUUGCCAAAUUUUCCAUAUAGAACACAAGUUAACAACUUUGAAAGAGGGUAUUGAUUAAACACAUAAAAAGAAUGGGAGAUUUUAUCUUGAUUAAAUAAUGAAUAGCAAAAUAUUUAGAACAACUGAACAUGAAAUAUUUUUUUUUAUAGAUGACAAACUAUAACCAAUAUGAGUUUGACAGAAAGUUCUGAAUAGUAUCUUUAAGAAGACAACACAUAAUGAUAGUUUUCCCGGUCUUAAAUUGUUUUACUUAACAUGAAUACUAUUGGUGUCAUUGUCUAAUGCCUGUAAAUUUUAGUCCUGAGUGUCAGUAUGAACAGAAUUUGCCUGCUUAUUCCAUUAAAAGAGAAUGAAACUUC